AGCGCGCGUCUCCACAGCACCGCGGCGCUGUACGCGACUCGUCCACUGCAGGCAGCGGCAGCAGACGCGGCUACCGCACGUCGGAGGAGCUGUGACACGACCGAGCCCUCGGUGGCCGAGUCACGCUUGCAGGUGUGCGUGGGUCCUGCCGGAGAGCUUCCGAAAGAGCUGGAAGCUAAGGCGUCUGGCCAAAGGUGGGCUUCCUCCGCCACCCUCCCCUUCAGGGUAGAGAUGUCUGCUCAGAGGCUAAUCUCUAACAGAACAUUCCAGCAGUCUGUAUCUAAUUCUGAUUAUACCUGGGAAUAUGAGUAUUAUGAGAUCGGACCAGUUUCCUUCGAAGGACUGAAGGCUCACAAAUAUUCCAUUGUGAUUGGAUUUUGGGUUGGUCUUGCAGUUUUUGUGAUUUUCAUGUUUUUUGUGCUGACCUUGCUGACCAAGACAGGCGCCCCACAUCAAGACAAUGUAGAGUCUUCAGAGAAGAGAUUCAGAAUGAACAGCUUUGUGUCAGACUUUGGAAAACCUCUGGAUCCAGACAAGGUAUUUUCUCACCAGGGCAAUGAAGAGUCUAGAUCUCUCUUUCACUGCUACAUCAAUGAAGUGGAACACUUGGACAGGGCCAAAGUUUGUCACCAGACCACAGCUGUUGACAAUGAUGCGCAACUCCAGGAAGCCAUCAGAGGCAGCAGGAGGGCAGAAGAGGAGCUGAACAGGCUCAUGAAGUUUGACAUCCCCAACUUUGUGAACACAGACCAGAACUCGUUUGGGGAGGAUGAUCUUCUGAUUUCGGAGCCACCUAUUGUUCUGGAAAAUAAGCCAGUUUCCCAGUCUUCACACAAAGACCUGGACUGAGACACAUCUCUGUGUCUUUCUGAAGAUAUAGGUUUUGUCUUUAUAUAACAAGAAAGCUCCAUUCACCAAAUUGUAUGCGUAUGUGAGGCAGACAGAGAAGAGAGCCUCCCUCAGAAUAUAGCUGAAGGUUUUUA